AUGGAGAUCGAGCUCGCUUAUGGUGAAUCUCGCGGAUACUGGAAACAUUAUUCACCCGGGAAGUGGUUCAAACAAGCGAAAGCCGUUGGCAAGAUCAACAACGUAAAAGCUACUCUGUUAUUUGAUUCUGGUGCUGAAGUGUCGAUCAUUGACACCACCUUUGCUCGUGAGGUCGGUUGCAAUAUUGACGAAAGUCAACGACAAGAAUGUAUCGGGAUUGGAGAAACUCCGUACAUGACGGUAGGACGUACCAAGAUCAAGGUGACCCUCGCGGGAUCGCUGGUAUACUAUUUCAAUGUAUGGGUAGGCGAUCUGGCAGGGCAAGAAGCGAUUCUGGGUAUGGAUUUUAUGGUGCCUGCUGGAGUGCGGCUCGAUCUAGCGGAUGGCGCGCUAUGUCUACCAGAAGAAAUCCGCAUUCAUCUCGCAGGACGUCGCCCCGCGUACGGAUCGAAGAUACAACAUAUAACGGCGAAGGACCAACACGUGGUGAUCCCGGUCGGAGAGUCAAGGGAAGUGAAGAUCGGGAUCGGAGGGGCUAAGAUGAAGUUGUGGGUCGCUAGAGGACUAGAUUGGGUCCCCACUGUGAUCUCGGGGUGGGGUAAGACGAAAUACCUGCAGAUGACCAACAUUGGCGACCGGGAGAUCAUACUGCCCACCCACACUAUAUUAGGCAUGUGGGUCGAAGGCGAUAUGGUACCGCGGACCCAAGGUUUGGUGACAGUCGGGUCGGGGAAGUACAAGGAAUGGCAAACUCUGGCAUAUGAGGCUACAACGGAUCGAGUGAACGAACUCCCGAAAGAACCGAUCGGACCAUUGGUAGAUCGUCCUACGUAUGCCGCUCCCAAACGCAUCUUGAAACGUCCGUCUGAUGCGUUACAGAACCUGUCUCCGGCGAUCUCCACGGUAACGUCGCAAGCUAACGAUGACGAUUCGCAAAAGGCAGAUGCUGUAGUUGCGAGGGAAGUAACGGUCAGGGGAGCCGAACUAUCGCGGAUGGAGAACGGUCAUGAGAUCGGUACCCAACAUGCAACGAAGGGAGACCGCGACACCGGUCAAGAAGGGCUACGUGACAGAUCGUCUCUACCGAAGGCUGAGCCGACUGACCGACUGUUGAAAUUGGGCCAGCCGGAAGAGACGAAGGAGCCUAAAGAAGAAAUAAUGCUAAAUACUGAAGACGUCGAGAUUGCAGAAAUACCAGUUUAUCACCACGAGAGCGGAGAUUUGUUUGCGGAAGAUAUCGAGCAGCAUAUGGCCGUGCUACCAGAGAUGUCGGCGACUACGGAAGAAGUUACGAUUGAGGACAUUCAGAUCGGUGAUCCCGAUGUGCCUCUCACCACAGAUCAACAACGGCUCAGAUCGCUGAUCUGGAAGAGCCGUCACCUCCUCAUGGGUAAAGGUAAUGCUCUACCACCCGCAGCACGAGGCGCGAUCUGUGAUAUUGAUGUCGGUGGGGCAGCACCGAUAGCGCAAAGAGUGCGUCCGGUCGCACCCAAAUAUCGGGAGAAGCUGUCAGAUCUCAUCAAAGGACUAUUAGCAGCCAAAAUCGUUCAGCCAUCCACGUCACCUUGGGCGUCUCCGAUAGUGGUGAUCAUCAAGAAGAACGGAGUGGAUAUUCGCCUUUGCAUUGAUUAUCGAAGAGUUAACCAGCUGACGCGUCUGAUGGUUUAUCCCAUGCCGUUGAUCAGCGAUCUGUUGGAAGAUCUGGAUAAAGCUCUAUGGUACUGUUCGCUAGACAUGGCUAGUGGAUUUUGGGUCGUCGAAAUGACCGAACGAGCAAAACUGAUCUCAGCGUUUGUCACACCGUUUGGCUUGUUCGAGUGGCUGCGAAUGCCUUUUGGGCUUAAGAACGCGCCCCAGAUCUACCAACGUCUGGUGGACAAUGCGUUGUAUGGAUAUCUCAAGAUCGGCCAGAGAUCAGCUUCUGAUGGCCCGAUCGACGUGUUCAAAGAUGGAGAACCUGAGACAGAUCGACGACCGUCUAUACUGGGACGCCGAUCUUACAUUGACGAUAUUCUCAUACCAGCCGCGUCAUGGGGAUCUUUGUACACAAAAGUAGAACGGUUGCUGGAGGCAUGUGAUAAGUGGAAUCUGUCUAUCAGCCUCACGAAGAGUUUUUGGGGGUGCCGUAAGGUCGAUUAUUUGGGACAUCGAGUGUCGAUGGAUGGUCUGGAGGCUCAGCCCAAGAACCUAGAGUCGUUGGUUAACAUCCCGUUUCCUAGCACGCUACGAGCUAUGCAAUCCUUUCUCGGGAGCUUGAACUACUACCGUCGCUUCAUUGAGGAUUUCGCGGUGUAUGCCGCGGUGUUGUAUGAGUUAAGAGAAUCGGAUUUCUUCGAGAUCGGCCGAUCUCAGCUUGCAGCAGGAGACGAAUGCUCCAACGAGGGUCGAUGGACGGAAGCCAAGGUUGCUUUCACUAUGCUAAAAGCUAAGAUAGCUACAGCUCCCAUGCUCAAGCAUUUCGACCCAGAUCGGUCCCCCGUAAUCGUGGUCUACGCUAGCAAGUGGGCUGUCUCAGCGGCCCUGAUACAGGAGUACGAUGGCGUGUACCAUCCGGUGACGUUUACUAGCCGCACUUUAAAGCCUAAUGAGCUUAACUACGGAAUGGUAGAAAAGAAGUGCUGGCGCUACUUCGUGUGUUGGAUGUAUGCUAUACUACGCUUGCCUCGCGGGAGAUCACUGUACUGA